CACGCACACACAAAUACACACACACACACACACACACACACACACACGUACACGCACGCGCGCACACACACAUACACGCGCGCGUACACACGUACACACUCACACACACACACACGCACGCACGCACGCACGCACAAACGAUAAUCCUAGGAGCGCGCGCGCACGGAGAGAAUGAGGAUGAGCGCGUGCGGCACGCCGCCGCGGGCAGCCAUGAGACUUCGCAUGUUCUUCUUUGUGUCCUUUGCCUGGGCCUACCACGAAACCCCCAGGUACCAGCAUCGUGACCCAUUGACCUUGGAGUUCCUUCUGUGUGAUCAGUGUCCUCCAGGCUCAGCGGUGGAACAUCACUGCACGUCUGACUCGGCCACCGUGUGCUCUCCAUGUCCCGAGCGGCGUUUUGCUGAGCAGUGGCAUUGGGGAGAGAGCUGCCAGCACUGUACCCCUGUCUGCAAGGAGAGACAGAUUGUCAAGAUGGAGUGUAAUGCCACACACAACCGUGUCUGCGAGUGUGUAUCAGGAUACCACCUCGCUGUGGAGUUCUGCGUCCCACACAGCCCCUGUCCUCCAGGAUCCGGGGUCUCCGUACUUGGUACCCCUGAGGAUGACACAGUGUGUACGAGUUGUCCACAGGGCACUUUCUCCAAUGUGGCAUCGACCACCGAGCCCUGUGUUCCUCACCGAGACUGCUCACAGAUGGGCAUGAAGACACGGAUCCCCGGCACGGCUACUCACGACGCUGUGUGUGAAGGAGAAUUCGCCAUCGAUUGCACUCGCAAACACACUGACUGCCAUGCUGACAUCACCCUGUGUGAGGAGGCCAUGUUCCAGUUCCUGUUAUCUCCUCCUCUCACCUCUGUGGAUCUCCUGUUGGAGACUCUUCCUGGCCGUAAAGUAGACAAGAAAAGCGUGGAGCCUCUGAAGAAGAAGUGUAGCCCUGAGCAGCAGGCCCUGCAUCUCCUGCGGCUUUGGAGAGAGCAGAACAAGGAUCAGGGAAAGCUCUACAGUAUCAUACAAGGUCUGAACCACUGUGAAAGGAAGGUUUCUCGCUGUGCUGGUUUGAAGAAUGUGACGCUGGAGGACCUGCUGGUGCUGAUGCAUAGUCUGCCAGGGGAGAAGGUGAGCGAGGAGGCGGUACAGACGCUGGCGCUCUCCUGCCCCACGCAUCGCCACGUGGCUCAGCUCCUGCACCUGUGGAAGAGCCAGAAUGCAGGUCGCGACCUGGCCAAAGCUCUAAGUCACAGCGUGCGGCAACUUCGUUCUCGAAAUGCACCUAAGACGCUGCUGCGUGCAAUCAAGCGCAUCAGCCGUGUCAUCAACGCCUCCGCACUCCGACCGUACGAAAAGAUCUUCACCGGUGCGCUGCGAGACGCCUCCUGCUUCAAACCAAAACCCUACAAUGACUGAAGCCCUGCCUGAGGGUCACACGAAGGACAUGAAGAUAAGACUUGUUUAACUGAGUUGUACAGAAUCCUGGGGACAGAACUGGGUUGGAUCGGAUUGGGGUUUAGGAGUUUUCACAGCACUACAUGAUGAGAGAUGAGAGAAGAAAACAUUUUCUAGCCUUUUCUUCCUUUUCUAUUAAUGGACUGCUUUUAUUGAAGCUGGGGAAAAAAAGGAAUGUCUGUUAUGAAUGUACAGAAAAAAACGGAGUGCAAUUAUGUUUUAUUUAAUUGUAAUCUUGUGUGUUCAGGUUUGUGUGUUAACCAAAAUUUGCUUCAGAUGUUUCUAUUUAUCGUUGUGUGUCUGAAAAAACUGGACUUUUGAAGAUACAUUUAUGUCAUUUAGAUGCAAGAUGUCAUUUUUUUUAUUUUUAUUUUUAUUUUUUUAUUUUUUUUUUAUAUUUGUGCCUUGAGUUUUUACAAAAAUUGUUUGCAUUACCGGUUUUAAAAGUGCGGUUGUUUGAAUUUAACUUUCAUAUACGAGUGCCACUAUUUCUACAGCCUGACUUAAAUAUAGUUUUGUGUUUCCAAA